GGAAAAAGUCACCCGGCCAGUAGAGGAGGUCUUCCUCGAGCGUGUAGCGUGAAGCGAGGCCAAGGGUGUGGUACUGCUGCUCUAUGGGUUGAGCUUUGCGUGACGAGUGCUGGGCAGGAGAGUCUCGCUUUCAUCGCAGGAGCCACAGGCUGGUGAGGUUGCUCGGCCUUGGCUGUAAGGCGGGCGGCAGUUUUGACACAGCCAGAAGGGAGGGGGUCACCGAUAGGCACGUGCGAAACAACAAAGAGAACACAAGUAUUCGACCGGCGCCGGAAAAAUCAAUAAACCAGCUCAGUCUGGACCCGGCGCUCGUCCCGCCCGCAUGCUUCUCCCUCCCACGCGGGCUCGCCUCAGCCCUUCCUGCUCUGCGCUCGAAACAGCAGGCGUUGCAACGUACCCAUGUGGAUAUAUGGUCAUCUUACAGCCGUCACGGAGGCAGUGGACGUCGAGGAACACCGCGCUGUAACUAGAGGCGAGAAGCGCGAAGACAAGCAAGCACCAUGGCGUCCGAAACGAACGAGCCCUGCCUAGUGAACCUCCACAUGACGCCGCUUCAGGCGAGCCACGGUGCCCAGGAGCUGGCCAGGUCCGGCGUCGAGCUGCCGAGCUGGAUCCAGCACUGGGCGAUCGUCUUCCUAUGGCAGGAGAAGGACCGCGCCCUGCGAGUCGAAGGCAUCGAGGUGGAGGACAAGUGCGAGGUCAAGGUCAAGGAGAUGGGCUUCCAGGAGGGGCUGGAACAACCGGGAACCAAGGUCGAGUGCGGCACUUAUCCAUUGACUAUUGAACAAGUGAAAAAGGUAGCCGAGGAAAAAGGUGCCAAUCCACCAGACUACGACGAGCUUACAGCUAGCUGCCAGACUACGGCCAAGGAGGUUCUCUCGGGCCUGGGCAUUACAAUCGGAACGCAGAGUGCGCUCGAGUCUGCGCUGACCGUUUUGCUGUCCCUGGGAGGAGAUGGCGCUGCGGAAAAGUUGCAGUCUGCCCUCAAGGACAAGACAGCGCGUUAGCCACCGCAGCAAAAUCAAAGAACUGCAGAAAAAUUCCGCCACAUGUGCCAAAAUGAAAGUACACACUUGUGGUUGAAUAAAAACGACUACAUCAGGGC